AUGCGUGUCAUUGACGUGGUGGUGGGUCUGUUUCUGUUCGCCAGGUGCUGCCUGCUAUGGGAAGAGGUCACGCCCGUCCUUUCUGGGCUGACCGAAGCAUCGUGCGCGUGGGGGCCCUGGCUGACUAGAUUUUGUCACCGUUUGUUUUAUUUCGUAGGUGAUUGCCAAUGGACCCGGUGCAAUUGUUGUCCCACCGCGCAGCGAAAGCGCCUCCGCGCACAGUUCGUAACAAAUUGGGGAACUGGUAAAGGAAACCUAGAGCCAAGCGGUAAAACAAGACCUUCCUGCUCCUCCUCCCUCACCCGGCGGCAGCUCCCUACCCCUGCCUGCGCACCGCCUCUUCCUCCUUCUUACAGCGGCAGCGGUGAGCAUGAGAGCAGCGGAAGCGGCUGGACACCAUAA